AUGGCGUCCGUCGCUCAACGAGCAGCAGUUGCUGCCAGCUCAGUCUCUCAAAUUGCCUCGUCAGCACGCAAUGCCUCGUCCAGGCCCACCGCGACCUGCCACGUGGCGUCCCCUCGCGUCCAUCUCGGAUCAGAUUUUGUCUCAAAAUCCGCAUCUUCCGCCUUCCAAGGCGUUAGAAUCACACUCGCUAAGAGCCAAUCCAGCCGCAAUUCCCGCUCCGCAACUCGCGCCGUGGUCGUCGCGGCCGGCGGUUCCGCGAAACUCCCGUCGCUGAACGAACUCCCGCUACUGAGUUACAUCAACCAGCAGGGUCGUAUAGUCCCUCCCGUCGAGCCGGGAACCACGGCGUCCGUGUUCGCUGUACUCGAUAAGAACAAGAAGGUGCAGUAUAUCGGGUUCUCCAAGGACGUGCGCAACUCGCUGCGAACGCUCAUGGGACGGCGCCCCGAGUUCUGCUACUACUACAAGCUGUACAACCUGUCGACCAUGGACCAGCAGCAGAUGAUUGACAUCCGCGCGCAGUGGUUCUCGGAGAUGGGAAUUCCGCCCGUCGGCAACACGGAUCCCGUGCAGAGGGGGUACUGGGAGCGGCCUGCGGACGCUGGGUCGAUCUCGGAGAGAGGCAAGGUGGCGGCGGCGCAGUCCAAGGCGAAGACGCUGCUGCAGAUGAUGGUGGACCGCGGCCUCAAGGAGGAGAUGGAGUAUGACCCGAAGCUCAUUGAGGAGGGCAAGUGCGACGUGCUGCCGUCCAAGUCGCAGUCAGCAGAGGAGCUGGCGGCGGCAGCAGCGGAGCAGGAGGCGUCAGCAGCCCGCGUGGUGCACAUCAGCGAGACAGCGCCCUCGGGGGAGGUGAUCGAGUUCGACCUGACCAUGGACGCCAAGAUCAAGACCAACGGCGGGUGGAUGUACGACCUCUACGUCACCAAGGAUGACAAGGAGACGCGCCACCGCAUCGUGCUGGGGAGGGUGUACUCCGAGGCCGUCAACCUGCCUGAGGAUGCGGUCAUUGCCAGGAUCAUUGCGUUCCUCCUGUACAAGCGCAUUCCCAGGCAGACGGAGGGUGUGCUUACAAGCGACCAGUUCCCCAUCAACUACUUUGCCGUGUCGGAAGUGGCACAGAAAUUCGCGGAGCUGGGGGAGUGGUUCCCCGGGGGAGACCUGCCGGACAACUACUGGCGCUUCAACCGCAUCCAUGAGUACGGCAAUGUCACCGCGCCUGUUUCCACACAGGAGGCGCCGCAGCUGUACUCGCCAAAGUAUUAA